AUGGUUACAAAAUCACCAUCUCUAGUGCUACUAUUAAUACUCCUAUUGCUGCUUCCUUAUUGCCACCAUUGCAAGGUUUUACAAUCCACAGCUUUAACCUUAAACCAUGUCCAAAACAACACACACACCAUUGCGAAAGAUCACUACACGUACCCUAAUUACAUAAUCCGUCCGCACAUCUCCCGUUACGGUUACAAGGUCCUAAUCGACGCAAGCAUCGGCACACCCCCGUCGAAAAAGACGUUCAUCUUCGACACGGCAAGCCCCAUCACGUGGACGCAAUGCACCCCGUGCACCAAAUGCUUCCCCCAAACGCUCCCUCUCUUUGACCCCAAGAAAUCGACCACCUACAAAAAGAUGACCAAGAAUCACAACCUCUCCGAUUUCUUCGACGACAGCAUGGAAUACGAGGCCCGGUACGUCUUCGGCCACUACUCCUCCGGCAUCAUGUCCCUCGACACCUUCACUUUCCCUUCCCACACCGGGUCCCCCGAGAUCCUAAGAAACUUCGUAUUCGGCUGCGCGAACAACAACGUCGGAGAUUGGCCCGAGAACACUCCCAUAACCGGAAUCAUGGGCAUGAACCGGUCCCCUCUCUCCUUAAUCGGUCAAAUGGGGUCGAGAGCGAUCCGACGUUUCUCUUACUGCUUGCCGAAGAUCAAUUCUCCGGUCAAGAGGACGGUUUUGAGAUUCGGGCCGGACGUCAAGAUACGAACGGGCCUACAGUGCACCAAGUUCUUGAAGAUCAAGACGAAUAUGUACGACGUCGCUUUGGAGGGCGUGAGCGUGUUGGGGCGCCGACUGAAAGUGCCAAAGGGGACUUUCUCCGGAGGGUGCCAGCUGGACACGGGAGCCUCCGGUAGUAGGAUCGACUCGCGGGCGUAUAAGAUGAUCAUCGACGUGCUAUCGCAGUACUUCGACAAGUUUAAACUGAAGAGGCUGACGGACCCCAUAUACGAAGGGCAGCUGUGCUACAACAAGAAACCGGGGUUCAAUAGUUAUCCGAACAUGACGUGGCACUUCAAAGCAUCCGGUUUGUGCAGAGGAGCGAAUGUUCAGAUCGGUGGCGACAGCUUGUUCGGACACGAAGGUAAUAUAUUUUGCAUGACGAUGUACGGGCUGCCCAAUAGGUCGAUUCUCGGGGCAUUUCAGAUGCAGAAUUAUAGGUUUGUGUAUGAUCUUGUUGGGGGACAGGUUUUAUUUGGUUCUGAGGAUUGCUCUAAGGACAAGCCUUGA